AUGAGGGUAUUUGUUAAAUUCUGCUGCGGAGGCCGCAGCUCUGCUGCAGCAGCAGCAGCAGCAGCAGGACAGCAGCAGCAGCAGCAGCAGCAGAAGGAUCUAUGGAGCCGCAGUCUUUGCUGCUGCGGUACCAGCUGCCGUCCCUUCUCAGCAGCAGCAGCAGCAGCGACCGACAGUUGUGUGUAUGUUGAUGAGCAGCAGCAGCAAACUGUGGGGCACUUAAAGCAGCAGCUGCUACAGCUGCUGCUGCGGGGCUCCUUUUGCUGCGAAGCGCCUCCCCACAGCAGCAGCAGCAGCGGCGGCGACUGCAGCAGCAGCAGCAGCAGCUUGCUGCAGCUGCGGCUGCAGGGAUUUCUGCUGCCGAGUGAACAGCCCUUAGCAAUACUACGCGAUGGCGAUGUCCUCUCAGUCUGCAUGCACCAGCUGAACCUUAAGGCGCAGCAGCAACAGCAGCAGCAGCAGCAGCAGCAGCAGCAAGCAGGGGAGGUGCUAGGGAGCAAGCGUUUCUUAGGGGAGGCGGAGAGGCGCAUUAAGAGGCAAAGACGUGCAGCAGCAGCAGCAGAAAAAGCUGCUGCAGCGGCAAAAGCAGCAGCAGCAGCAGCAGCAGCUGUCAGAGGGAGCACCGCUGCUGCACGAUGCAGCAGCACGAGCAGCAGCAGCGAGGAGAGCAGCAGCGAGGAGAGCAGCAGCAGCAGCAGCGAGGAAGACUCUCCUCAGCCUCUAAAUAGGCGUGCUGAGGUCCCAGCAGCAGCACGGACCAAACCUGCAGCAGCAGCAUCAACAGCAGCAGCAAGAGCAGCAGCAGCAGCAGCAGCAACAGCAGUAGCAGCAGCAGCAAGAGCGCCUCCAUCGCGAACCCAACUGCGCCCUGGCCACGUCAUCAUCGGCAGCAGCAGCAGCAGCAGCAGCAGCGACAGCGAGAGCGAAACGGACAGCGACGGGCGAAGCGGCUUGCAGCAGCAGCAACGGCAGCAGCAGCAGCAGCAGCGGGGGAAGCAGCAGCACCGUUUAGGACCUGGGCCGCUCCCUGUGCCCUUGCAGCGAAUUCAGCAGCAGCAGCAAUGCCAGCAGCAGCAGCAGCAGCAACAGCAACAACAGCUGCAGCGGCAGAAACCGCAGCAACAGCAGCAGCAACAAUUGAAGGGGAGCUGCAAUAAGCCAGCAGCAGUUGAUGGGGACUGUGCAGCAGGAGCGUCUGAGUCGGCAGCCCCUGCAGCAGCAGCAACAGCAGCAGCAGCAGCAGCAAGAGCAGCAGCAGCAACGGAAGCAGCACCUGCAGCAGAGGACUUCGUUGGCUGGCAGGGGUCUCUCUCUGUUGCUCUUGAGGGCAAAUGGCUUCAGGCGCAGCUGCUGCUGCUGCAGCAGGGAGUGCCGCAGCUAUCGCAGCAGCAAAUAUUCCGUGUGCUGCAGGUAGAUAUGCAGCGGGGUCGUUUGCUGCUGCAACCAGCAGCAGCAGCAGCAGCAGCAGCACCAGCAGGGAGGAGAGGCGGCGCAGGGAGACAGCAGCAGCAGCAGAAGCGGUGGCGCGAUUGGACAGAGCUAACAGCAGUUCAGCUGCUGCAAAAGGACAAGGAGGCCCUCGAGCAGCAGCAGCAGCAGCAGCAGCAGCAACAGCAGCAAGAACAGCAGCAAGAGAAGCAGGCGCGUGCUGGGUCAGGUGAAAGCAGCAGCAGCAGCAGCAGCAGCAACAGCAGCAGCACCACUAUCUCUAAUGGAAAGAGCAGCGGCCCCGUGCAGUAUCGACCUCUCAGAGAGCUGCGCGCUGCUGCUGCUGCAGCAGCAGCUGCUGCUGCUGCUGCGGAUGCUGCUCCUCCUACAGCAGCAGCAGGUGCAGCAGCAGCCAAGGCAGGAGACGCAACGCAAAAGAGACGCAGCAGCACCAACAGCCAAGCUGCAACUGCAGCAACAGAAUCUGAGGAGGUCCUUUCACCAGCAGCAGCAGCAGCUGCAGCACUUCCUGCUGCAGCUGCUGCAGCGGAUAAAGAGGGUGAAGCUACAGCCGCAACAGCAGCUGCUGGUGCAGGAGCACCGUCAGCAGCAUCGAAGGGGGCAUCCGCUGCCUCUCCUGCUGCUGCUGCUGCUGCUGCUGCUGCUGCUGGCAAGCCUGAAAGUGCAGCAGCAGAAGCAGCAAAGAAGGAUAUCUAUCCCUGGAUUGCAACAGCGCUGCUGCAUGUAGAACGCAAGAGGGGCGCCCCGCAGCAGCUGCUGCUGUCUACAGGGCCGCUGCAGACGCUGCAGCUGCCUGGAAGUGAGGCCUGGCUGCAGCAGCCGCAGCACCUGCAGCUAUGGACCAAGGCGCUGCAGCAGCAUCAGCAGCAGCAGCAGCAGCAGCAACAGCAGCAGGAGCAGGAACAGGACAGCAAGCAGUCUGAGGCGGCGUCUGUAUGGGCAGCAGCAGCAGCAAGUGCUGCUGCUGCUGCAGGAGCUGCUGCAAAGGAGGCCCUACCCUUAUCUGCUUGCUGUGGGGUGUUGUCUGCUGCUCUGCUGGCAGCAGCACAGCGGCUGCUGCAGCAGCGGCUGCUGCAGCUGCGUGCUGCAGUGCGGAGACAAGUGGAUUGGUACUUCUCUCCUUCUAACUGGGAGCAAGAUUCUUUUCUGCAAGAGCAAGCAAGGGCCUUCUCCUCUAUGGCUGCUGCAGCAGAUCAGCAGCAGCAGCAGCAGCAGCGGCAGCAGCAGCAGCAGCAGCAGCAGCAGCAGGUGGCAGUGCCUCUAGAGGUUGUGCUGGGCUUCCCUCGUCUGCAGCGGCUAACUGCUGAUAUUACUUUUGUUAUUAAUUCUCUCAACGGCGGUGGAGGGCUCCGUCACGUUGCAGUGGGGGGCCCCUCCAGCAACCUCCUCGUAAGAAAAACUGAUUCUAGCUAG